UGUCUCGCAGCAACAUGGUGCAACAAUGGUCUCUCUACCUAGGCCUCCUCUCCGUCAUCACACUCUCGAACCCGUGCACGUCGUGUCUUCAUACGACCAUCGAUGCCGCCGCAACGAGGCACGUGGAGGGCAGAAAUCUCUUUCUUUCGUGUCACUGUCCCGACGUGCCGGUUGGGGUACCGACGCGGUGGCACCGAGACGGGCACCUGAUCGAGCGAGGCGAGGCGACGAGGUUUCUCGACCGUCUGCCCGACGUCAGAAAACUCAUACUCGUUCCAGCUCAAAUCAACGACACGGGCAACUACAGUUGUAGCGUCGGGAACGCGACCGGAAACUCCGUCGGUAUCAUCGUUAUGAAAUUUCUUCCUCCCGAGGUUACCUUGAAUGAGACUUAUUACCGUGGAUGCGAGGGGAAGGAUCUGUGUGUUGGUGUCCGUGUGAGACACGUCACUCGUUUGCUUUUGUUUCUGAUGUUUGAGAGCGCGUACGUCGAGCAUGCAAUGUACGCGUACAACGCAACGCGACAGUCUCUAGUGAUUAGAUCUCUGAAUGCGUCGUAUUCUGGGGAGUGGAGUGUUCACGUGAGCAACGGUCAUGGCAUUGCAUCUGCAAACUUCACAGUGAAUGUCACAGAAUGCAAUGCAGUGACUGCAAUGAGUGUUGAUGUGUCUAUGUAUCUGUUGCUACUUCUCUGCUACUUGAUGAAUGAGGCAGACAGUCUGGUAUCUAUAUGUUAGACUAGAGAGUUACUAUAGAGUAGACUAUUGUAUUAAUGAUAUUACAGUUAGCUUGUAUAAUUUUGUGUUAGCAGAUCUCCAGUAUCACUUGA